CGAGCCAGCACCAAUCCCUUUGGUGGAGGCGCCUCGGCUGAUAGUAGCCUCAUAAGGGUGGGGAGAAACAGGUGGUUGCUGGCGCCUGGAGCUCUGAGGCUGUAGGCUACCGAUGCGCUGAGGCCGGCCAGGGAGGCACCUACCAACAGUACUCGGCGUCCAGAGACUUUCUGCAGCAGGGAGGAGGCGAUGAGCUCACUCCCUUCUCCCUUUAUCUAAUCCUGCCCCAGCCCUCCUCCCCACUGCCCAGAAGUUGAGCCAGGCACUGGGUUUCACCAGCAGAAGGAGAGUGAAGUUGAUUGCAAACGGGGCCAUAUUUAGAGCUAAAAUGGAACAAGCAGCUGGCGAGCCAAUAAAAGACCAGGUCACCCAGACGCAUUUGACAGAAGACAUUCCAAAAGACAGGAAGUGCACAGUGAUCGGCGGCUCUGGGUUCCUGGGCCAGCACAUGGUGGAACAGCUGCUGGAGAGAGGCUAUGCCGUCAACGUAUUUGAUAAACGGCAAGGGUUCGACAAUCCCCGCGUGCAGUUCUUUCUUGGUGACCUCUGCAACCAACAGGAUCUGUACCCAGCUCUAAAAGGUGUAAGCACAGUUUUCCACUGUGCGUCACCUGCGCCAUCGAGUAACAACAAGGAGCUCUUUUAUAGAGUGAAUUACAUUGGCACCAAGAACGUCAUUGAAACUUGCAGAGAGGCUGGGGUUCAGAAGCUCAUUUUAACCAGCAGUGCCAGUGUCAUCUUUGAGGGCGUCGACAUCAAGAAUGGAACCGAAGACCUCCCUUAUGCCAUGAAACCCAUCGACUACUACACAGAGACCAAGAUCUUACAGGAGAAGACAGUUCUGGGCGCCAACGAUCCUGACAAGAAUUUCUUAACCACAGCCAUCCGCCCUCAUGGCAUUUUUGGCCCAAGAGACCCCCAGUUGGUCCCCAUUCUCAUUGAAGCGGCCAGGAAAGGCAAGAUGAAGUUUGUGAUCGGGAACGGGAAGAACCUGGUGGACUUCACUUUUGUGGAGAACGUGGUCCACGGACACAUCCUGGCCGCAGAGCGCCUCUCCAGAGACACAGGCUUGGGUGGGAAGGCCUUCCACAUCACCAAUGACGAACCUGUCCCCUUCUGGACAUUCCUGUCCCGCAUUUUGACAGGCCUCAAUUACGAGGCCCCCAAGUACCACAUCCCCUACUGGGUGGCCUACUACCUGGCCCUCCUGGUGUCCCUCUUCGUGAUGGUGAUCAGCCCCGUCAUUCAGCUGCAACCCACGUUCACGCCCAUGCGGGUGGCGCUGGCCGGCACGUUCCACUACUACAGCUGUGAGAAAGCCAAAAAGCUGCUGGGCUACCAGCCCCUGGUCACCAUGGACGACGCCGUGGAAAGGACUGUGCAGAGCUUUCACCACCUGCGCAAGGCCCAGUGAGGCGCCCCGGAGCCUGGGCCCUUCGGCCCGCUCCCCAGUCCGUAGCUCUCUGCUCUGGGGACCAAUAAACGAACCCGCUUCCACUGAGCUGCUUCUGAGCGUAGGUCUCUUCCGGCCUCGUAUUCGGCUCUUUUGUGUUCUCUCCCCCUCCCCGCUGCCUCUGGAGCCAGUCACGGAAGCUGCAGGUGAGAAGCGGGGCGUUUUGUCAUGGAGGAGGGGGCACUAGGUUUCUCUCCAUGCAGACGAUUCGAGGAGCCAGAGAGGACAAGCACCCUAGAGAAGAGCAGAGGCUGCAGACACAUGGUGAGGCUUCAGAUGUACAUUUCUGAUAGGCUCGGCUGAGAGCAAGAAGUGGUAAAAGGUGAAACUAGAAAGCUCCCCAGGUGCCCAGGAGGCAAAGAUGUGUUCGCUGUCGGUACAGCGGCUGUGGCCGCCUGCAUUCCUCUUUCAAAAAACGUUCCUUCGUGGACACCUCGCCCUGUAUCGGCCAAGCCCUGUGCCUUUGCCCCUUGUGGGGCAUCGGGCUGGUUGAUGUUAAGCCACGGAAAGGGCCGGGGAGGAGAGAGGGUGCAGAAAGGGCCAGAUUCCAAAACUCUUAGUGCAUAGAAUGAGUCAGCGUUGUGUUUUCUGGCGUCCUGCUUGCAGAACCUGGUUUCUGAGAGACUUCUGUUUUCUUCUCUGCCUUUGUGCGAGGCAGCCUGGAAUAAAGUGAAGUUACUGGC